AUGUUAUAUGACCAGCCAUAUAAGUAUUUAACGGCUAUGCAGGCAGGGGUCCCAGUAUUGCAGGCUGCAGGCCAAGGGAGCAAAACCAACACCAAACAGCAAGCAUGUGAAGACGAAUUUUUUUCCCAACACAUUUGCCUGGAACGCAGAUACAGUCAGUUAUCCCUCAGCAAGGCAUCAAUAACACCUAUCCCGACAAGCAUUGGCGGGCCAAAACUCCAAGACGGGCGGAGAACUGUACGUUUGAGACAAGCCCAGGCGGAAGUUUUCAUUAUUUUGCUUCCCCCCCUUGGCAGCGGAGAAGAAGGGGGGGGGAAGAAAAAAGAAGAACCAGGCGGGACUGUUGCCCAGAGGCAAAGUCUCCGGAGGAACAGCACUGUCCAGGCUAGUAGAGUCAAACGAGAGGUACCGAGAUACCCCGAGUUGUGUCACCAUUCUGACCAGGGUUACUUGGAGGCCCUGCACUGUGAGAAUGGCCAGAGGAUAUACCAAAUUACUGUCCAUUCCUGCAUAGAAUAG